AUGUCAGCUUCAUUGUCAGAUCCAUACGAGCAGAUACCUUUUUCGAAAGCAGAUGAAGAUUUCGGUAUUAUCGCCAUUUUUUUUAAAUCGGUUUUUAAUUUUUUGAGAUGAUAAACCUGAUCCGGAGAAGAAAGCUCUUUUGAACUUGGUUUUUCGAUCCGUGAAAAGAACUCAGGACUUAUUCGCGGAUGAAUAUUUCCACUGUCCCGUCCUACCAGAUGAAAAGUUUUGUUUCUUUAUAGUCUGUUCACAAAUUUCUUUCUUAUAGUUCGAAGCUUGUGAGUUCUAUCAAGAGGAAAUACGAAUAUGGUAGUGUAAUCAAGCAAGUAGAUGAGGCAAAACGGAAGAAAGAAGAUGAAAUGUUACAGGUCAGUUACUUAAUUUUUGUGCCAUCGAUGAAAUAUCUGUAUAGUUGCCGGCCAGUCAGCCCACCGUAGCCACAGGAACUGUUCUGUUGAACAGCAGCGGAACUUUGGCGAUUACGGAUGGGACUGGCAAACUUGUGAAUCCAGAAACACAGCCAAAGGGGUGAGAAAGGAUUUUUGAGCUAAAUAGCAAAAUGCUCGCUUUCAGCCAAAUCCUGCCUCUUCUGCCGGUUGGAUCGCAGUCCAAGGCCGAGGACAACACGACGCGUUCUUUGCUUCCUUCGCGCGCUCCGAUGAUGAUGAAGCCAAAAUGGCACGCGCCUUGGGUCUUGUACCGCGUACUGUCAGGUGAAAGCCUUCUUUUUUCUUUACAAUGAUGAUUUCACAGGCCAUACUGGCUGGGUUCGUGCCGUCGAUGUGGAACCUCAGAACCAGUGGUUCGCUUCGGGAGGUGGAGAUCGUAUCAUCAAGGCUAGUUUUCCUUUUUCACAAUCUUUUUCCGAGCACAGAAUAGCUCAAACAAAAUAUUAUGAGCAAUAAUCAUAAAUUGUUUUAAAGAAUUUUAAGUUUUUUGUGGAGAGUUAAAUAGCUUAAAAUCCAGAAGGCCAAUAUUUUAGAAAUUCCUGCUAUCCAUAGACCCGGAAAUUUCAGUUUGAAAAAAACAUUUUGAUUUUUUUUUCAGAUUUGGGAUUUGGCAUCAGGUCAACUGAAACUUUCUCUCACUGGUCACAUCAGUCAAGUGCGAGCCGUCAAGAUUUCUCCGCGACAUCCGUUUUUGUUCAGUGGCGGAGAAGACAAACAAGUUCACCUAUCCAAAUGUUCGGGGUUAUAUGAGUUUUAAAGGUGAAAUGCUGGGAUCUUGAAUACAACAAGGUGAUCAGACACUACCACGGUCAUUUGAGUGCCGUCCAAGCCCUCUCCAUCCACCCGACUUUGGACGUUUUAGUGACUUGCGCCCGCGACUCUACUGCCAGAGUGAACUACUUUUCGUUUUUUUGAUGGUUUCUGUGGAUUCAGGUUUGGGACAUGCGUACCAAGGCCCAAGUUCAUUGUUUUGCUGGACACACUAACACAGUCGCAGACGUCGUUUGCCAAGCUUCCGAACCUCAGGUUUUGUCUUAACUUUGAUGUUUUGAAAAAAAAAAAUCUCGAGCCACACAAACGUUCAAAAAAAAAAACAAGAGAUAAUUGAAUGGUGGUGUUUUUUUCGAAAGAGAGUACAGUUCAUUUUUAAAUUUCAUUGUUAACGGAUAAAUCGAUGAAUGAAACUUUUUUUAAUGAAGUCAUAUGCCAAGCUAAUAAAACUGUCCACUAUCAUUACACUAAUAUCUUUUUCUAUUGCAUUUUCUCUCAGGUGAUAACGGCUUCUCACGAUUCGACAGUCAGGUUGUGGGACCUCGCAGCUGGACGCUCCAUGUGUACCUUGACGCAUCACAAGGUGAACAAAUUUCCCGAGUCUUCUUCUUCUUCUUCUUCCUACGCCUUUGUACCGCUUGAGCGGCGUCGGCGCCCCAAGUCGAUUAGCCGAGGUCCUAUCCUGAUAAUCAGUGGACUGGCUCGAGUGACAUAUCCGUCCUUGUGUGUGACGGCUGGGGAUUUUGAAGUCGUGGUUUCCCACUACCAACAUUUCUUAAACCCCUUGGUUGGGUCGGGGCGGGGAUCGAACUUGUGAUCCUGUGGACCGUAGACAGGCACACAACCUGUUGCGCUACGGCGCGCCCCGAACAAAUUUCCCGAGUAAUAAAAACAAAUGACCUGUUAUUUUUUGCUCGAGUUUUCAGAAAUUCGUCACAGAUCCUUGGUCUAUUAAACAAACAUCCUGAGAUUCUCAUUUUUCGAUGUUUUGAGGAGGAACACUCAAAAGUUUAUAAACCUAUUAACCUACCAAAACUGUUUUCAGGCCAGCUUAGGCGUCGGUUCUUCGAAUUUAGCAAGUAGUUCCAUAUUUUCAUUUAAACCAUUUAGCAGUAGUUGAGCAAUUAAUUUGAAAAAAAUUUUUCCUCUAGACCUGUCGAUAUUUUCGUACAAAAUAAUCUAGCUGAAUUUCCCUAAUCUAAAUUUCCGAAAAGACUUGAUAGAGAUAAUCAGGCCUCGUACACAUUUGUCUUUUUUUUCCAGAAGGCUGCCAUCAAGUCCUCUCAAGUCUCUCUAAAUUAAAUUCAACACUAACAAUCUCACCUUGAAAAACUAAGCUUAUUUUUUGAAAAAUUUUGCAGGUCAACUCUUUCUGCCAAGUUUAUUGAGUUUUUUACUUGCGUAUGCUUGACUAAUUUUGAGCUAGAAUAUUGUUGGAGUACUAAUACAUGAAAAUUCAUCCGAAAUUUAUGCUUCUAAAACUAACGAUUUUGUUUUUAGAAAUCGGUGCGGGCCCUGGCUCUUCAUCCUCGACUUUACAUGUUCGCUUCAGCCUCUCCUGACAACAUCAAGCAGUGGAAAUGUCCCAAAGGAGAAUUCAUGCAGGUUUCGGAUUAUUUCGGGACGUUUCAACAGUUCGGUUUACCUCUAGAAUCUUUCCGGGCAUAAUGCUAUAGUCAAUUCUCUGUCGUGCAACGAAGACGGCGUUCUCGCUUCUGGAGGCGACAACGGUUCCUUGUGCUUCUGGGACUGGCGUUCAGGAUUCUGUUAUCAGGUACCAUUUCACGAGCUCACAGGAAAAGAACAUAAACCAUCGUUUUUUUUUUAAUACUGAAAUGGCGAAAAUGCUUUUUCGAUGCAGUAGGAUUGUCUUUUUUUUUUGAUAAAUUGAUUUAAAAAAUAGCGAUUCUCUUUCACAAACUAUCUUUCUAUUUCAUUUUAAAACUUCCCUCAGAGUUAAAUAUAUUUUAGUUUCGGUGUUAUUUUUCUUUUAUGUCAUCGCUUUAAUGCUUUUUUUUUUUGAUAUAACAAGAAAUUAAUGAACAAUGUCAACUACAUAGCGAUGAUAAUAAGGAGUAGAAGUAAAUAUUUUCAGUUAGCAAGAAUCGUUUUUGUUAAAAAAGAUUUUACUUUGAAGCUCGAGAAAGUGGAAAAUUUAGAAUCCCAGGAAAAAUGUUCAUCCUUGAUAUUUAGCGAAUGCAAACGAAGCCGCAGCCUGGAUCCAUUGAUUCGGAGGCUGGAAUUUACGCGACUUGCUUUGAUAAAACUGGCCUUCGUCUCAUCACCGCAGAAGCUGACAAAACUAUCAAAAUGUACAAAGAGGAUGACACAGCGGUAAAUCUCUUUUUUCAAUGAGAUUAAUUUUUUCUCGUUUUCAGACAGAAGAAACUCACCCGAUUGUGUGGCGACCGGAAAUCAUUCGAAAAAAGGGCUAUUGA